UGGUAAUUUGUCUGCUUUGUCGGCCCUUAUUUCCUAGCACCAGUGAUAUAUCUUUGCGUAUUUCUUCAUCGCUGUGAUCUACGUGCAAGUCUGCAGACUAAAGACGGAGAUCUGUUUCGUAAAGCUACAAGAAGUCGUUUCACGUAGUCUGAACUGCCCACCACCUCGAAUCUCCACAUUUAGACUUUGCCCUUUGUUAUCACAAGAAUUUUUCUGCCUCCAUCGACAUGGCACCACCAGAAGAGUUUUGCCAGACGCCAAACAAGCCCUUCAAUGUGGCUGUUGUGGGUGGUGGUAUUGCGGGCUUGACCUUGACCCUUCAACUCCUCCAAAACAGAAUACCGACGACGCUAUACGAACAGGCGCCAAAGUUCGGUGAGAUCGGUGCAGGCGUGUCUUUCGGCCCCAAUGCGCUAAGGGCUAUGUCCUUGAUCUCACCCCACGUGCGGCAAGCUUUCGAGAACCAGGCGACACACAACGAAUCAGAAGACCACCAGGACGUAUGGUUCGACUUCAGGUACGGCCAGACUUGUAACGACAAGAACAAAGAGGGAGACCUGAUCUAUCGGCAAAAAUGUGAGACCGGCCAGACUGGUAUUCACAGGGCACACUUCUUGGACGAGUUGGUCAAAUUACUGCCCGACGGAGUUGCCGUAUUCGGCAAGAGGGCAGAAAAGUACGAAGAUGACGGGAAAAGCGUGCUUCUCACUUUCCAAGAUGGCACAACCGCUCGCCACGAUGCGGUUAUCGCCUGUGACGGGAUCAAGUCUAGAUUGAGGAGUUUGAUGCUCGGAGAGGAUCACCCGGCAUCCAAGGCUGUCUUCUCUGGGAAGUAUGCUUACCGAGGUCUUAUUCCCAUGGAGGAGGCAGAGAAGCUUCUGGGCGAGGAACUAGCAAAGAAUGCUCAGAUGUACUUUGGCAGAAACGGCCACAUCUUGACCUUUUCUGUCGCAAAGGGUAAAAUUAUGAACGUGGUGGCCUUCGCCAGUGCUAAAGAGUGGAAGUCAGACAAGUGGGUUGUUUCAGUAGAGAAGGAGGACAUGAUCCGCGACUUCGAAGGCUGGGGCGAGAAGUCUAGACAAAUCAUCCAGCUUAUGCAGAAGCCAGACGUGUGGGCACUAUUUGAGCACCCGCCCAGUCCGACGUACUUCGAGGGGCGACUCUGCCUACUGGGAGACGCCGCCCACGCAUCCACGCCUCACAAGGGAUCUGGUGCGGGCAUGGCGAUUGAAGAUGCGUAUAUCCUCGGUAACCUCCUGGGCUCCAUCUCUGAUGCCAGCCAAAUCGAGGCAGCAUUCUCGACGUAUGACAAGACGCGAAGAGAGAGAUCUCAGCAACUCGUUGUCGACAGCCACGAGACUGGUCAGCUGUACGAUUUGGAGCUAAGCGAGGACUCUGAGUGGGUUGCCGACAAUCUGUCAAAGCGAAUGGAGUGGAUUUGGAAGUAUGACUUGACUGAUGAGUUGGAGAGAGGGAAGAGAGAGUUGACGAAGGAAGCGUCGGCUGAGACGAGGGCGCAGCUUUAAGCAUUGCAUGCACGUGGGUUCAGGGGU